AUGGCGGCCUAUAGUCCUUGCACCCUUCCCUUGGAGCUCAUUGUGAUGGUCGCGGACUAUUUGGGACCUUUGGAUCUCCUAAAUUUGAUUCAAGGCCAUCCCCACAUUGCCCCCCUUCUCAAUUCUCAGCAUAUCCAGGCCCACGAUGAGAAUGGGCACACCAUCCUGUAUCAUAUCGUGGAACAAAGGCUUGAAUAUCUCAUCAAACCUCUCGCAAAAUGGAUCCCGCGGAGCUCCAUUCCCGACAACGAAGGAUGGACGCCACUUUUUCAAGCAGUCAGGAACAGUGAUGAAUUGAUGACAAAAGCACUGGUUUAUGCUGGUUCAGAUGUAUCAGCCAAGGACAAUAGAGGAAAAACUGCUCUUCAUCUUGCCUGCUAUGAGGAUGCAGUUGGGAUUGUCCAGAUUCUCCUGGACCACGGUGCAAACCCGUCCGCGGCGGAUUGCGAGGGACGCACGCCCUUGCAUGAGGGAUUUGGACGAAACACAGUUAUCCUACAGAAGCUGAUCAAAGCUGGCGCGGACCUUAACCCCCGACUGAUGCCACGAGGCUUGACUCCCCUUUAUUUCGAAGCUUACCUGGGUCGAGCGGAUGCUGCUAGAAUCCUUCUUGAGGCUGGAGCAGAUCCUUCCAUUCAAACAGUGACUGGGGAAACCAUACUGCAGCGAGCAAUUAAAGGGUCCCACACUGAAUUCGUGCAGCUCUUACUUGAUGCUGGGGUUGAUAUCAAUGUGCGAGAUUUCCAGCAUGGCGUCAAUGCGAUACUGACGGCUGCGUAUUGGGGAGCAGAUGAUUGCAUUCGACUGCUCCAGAGGGCUGGGGCGGAUGUUUUCGCAGUGGAUUACCGUGGAUGUAACGCACUGCAUCGGGCGGCUAUGGCGGGCAAGGUGUCGACUGUCCAGCUGCUUCUGAAAGAAGGAGUUGACAGCUCUGCAGAAGACAACCGGGGUUACACUCCACUACGAUAUGCAGUUGAAGGGGUAUAUAGGCAUGGAGGGUCAGGUGAUAUUGACUGGGAAGGACUGAUUCGAAUCCUAGAAGAUGUGCAUAAAAGUCCAUUUUUCAGGUUUUUACAUUGGAUGCGCGCCAAAUGCUACUUUACAACAAAGAGCUGA